AUGCCUUCUCAUAUUUCCUUGCUUACUGUUAUCAUCACUGUAAAGAAUAAUAAUUUCUCCUCAUAUGGCUUUGCUAAAUAUAAACUCUCUGAACAAACUUCUUAUAUUAUUAGAUUUAAACAUUUCUUUUCUAAUAAUUCGCUUUCACAAUAUUUUACAUCUGGUGACUUGGUGUUUAUUUCCGGCAAAUUUGCUGUUGAAAAUUCAGAACAGUGCAUGACUAUUUCAUAUGCUAGUAUUAUAGAUAAUAAUCUGAAUCGUGAAUUUGACCUUGCUGGGUACCUAUAUGCAUUCCCCACUUUAUGUUUUCUGUUAUUGUCAACCGUAACCCGAAAACAACGGAAGAUUUCAUCCAUUUUGGUGCCGAAUGCACUGAGAUCUAAUAUUAGAAUCACAAAUACCUAUCUUGUAUCUGGUCUUUUUAGGUUUUCUGAUUCUGGCAAAAUUAUGAUAGAAGCCACUGAUAUUGAUUAUUCAAAAAUGCCCCUUCUGACUUUUAACACACCCGAAAUUUCUUCCUCCUCUUCAUCAAAUACUCGCUCAAUUUUUGAUAUUAUAGCAAAUGACAUCGAUUCUGCUGCCGACAACUUGUCUAAAAAACCUUCUUAUAUUAAGCAUAACUCCGUUGCUACUUCUAGUUCAUCUAAAAUUUUACCUGCUUUAAACGUAGUUGAUGUUAAGGCUAACUUGUCUCUUGAAAAUAAUAAUUAUAUUAAAUUAGAUGCUGAAAAUAAAAAUAAUGACAAAGAACAUGAUUCCGAGCGUGAACAUAGCGAAAAUGAUAAUUUGUUGUGUGAAAAUGAUCAAGAAGAAGACUACCAGCCUAAGAAGAGAAAAAGAG